AUGGAUGAGAGCAAGGACGGAGAGCGAAGAGACGCGGGCGCGCCUUAUCCUCGUUCCCCCAUCAUGCUUCUUCGAGUGCCUCGUCCGCCAGUACUGCUUCCAUCUCGCCCGAUAUUCCUCAGAUCACCCCGCAGAUUAGUCUCCUCGCUCGUUGCCACCGCUUAUGACAACCAUACCACCCUUCAUCCAGAAUCACACUCAGCCGUCACUUCAGUCCUGCGCUUCUUCAAUAGCGUGACUGAGGAUGGCGCGCAAAUUCCAAUGUACAGGGUGUUGGAUGGCGAGGGCAAGGUUUUCGAGGAUGCAGAGAUACCCGAGGUCGACGAGACGCUCGCAAGAAAAAUGUACGAGAACAUGGUUCAAUUACCUAUCAUCGACAAUCUGCUGUACAACGUCCAGCGUCAGGGGAAGAUCUCAUUCUAUAUGACUUCUUACGGGGAGGAAGCUGCAUUGAUCGGUUCGGCCGCUGCUCUGGAACCGGAUGACGAAGUGCUCGGCCAAUAUCGCGAACUUGGCGUCCUCCUCUACCGGGGCUUCACCUACGAUUCGAUCAUGAACCAAGUCUUCGGGACUCACCUCGACGACUCUAAUCAGGGCAAGCAGAUGCCAGUUCACUUCGGCUCGCGCAAGUUCCAUUUUCACACGAUCUCAUCCCCGCUGGCUACCCAGAUACCCCAGGCUGCGGGCGUGGGAUACGCGCUCAAGCGCGAUCCAAUUCGCGGCGGGCGCAACUGCGCUGUCGUGUAUUUUGGUGACGGUGCGGCUUCUGAGGGUGACUUCCAUGCAGGCAUGAUGUUGGCGUCGACGGUCCCUUCGCCCACGCUCUUCUUCGCGCGCAAUAACGGUUUCGCUAUAUCCACGCCCUCUUCGGAACAGUAUCACGGGGAUGGUAUUGCGUCUCGAGGCCCCGGCUACGGCGUGCACACAUUGCGAGUGGACGGGAACGACGUCCUUGCCGUAUACGCCGCGGUGAAAGAGGCCCGGCGGCUCUGUCUGCGCGACGGCCGCGCCGUGCUCAUCGAAGCAAUGACAUACCGUGUCGGACACCACUCGACGUCGGACGACUCGUUCGCGUACCGCCCGCGCCACGAAGUCGAAGAGCGCAAGCGGCUGGACAACCCCAUCUCCCGCUUCCGGCUGUUCCUCGAGGCGCGCGGCUGGUGGGACGCGGAGGAAGAGAAGGCGCUUCUAGAGAGGUUGAAGGACGAUGUGCUCAAGGCAUUCCGCCGCGCGGAAGCGGAACCCAAGCCGGAGCUGCAGAAGAUGUUCGAAGAGGUAUAUGGCGGCGAGGAGCCGUGGACAAUUACGGAGAACCGGGCGGAGCUCAAGCGACUGUUACAGAAGUACGGAAAGGUGUGGGAGCCUUGGCGGUCUGCGUUGAAGGACUUCAAGGGCGCGGGCAAGGCUUUGCUAGAGGAGGGGCCCACGGCGAAGUAG